GCCAUUUGCCAAGCUUCCUCCUCUCCGCCAUGUUCUCGCUCGCCCGCCGCGUGGCCACCAGCGCCAAGAGCAGCUCGCGCCGCCUCUCAUCCUCGCUCGGCUAUUUCCCGGGCACGGAGAUGCCCUUCGUGCCCGACGUGGUCUUCCGCGACCCUCGGGACGACGACCCGAUCCCGUGCUUCCGCAUCCUAAACGAAGAUGGAGACGUCGUGGAGGGAGCCACGGACCCGCAGCUGAGCCAGAGCCUCUGCACGCAGAUCUACAGCCAAAUGAUCCGCCUCAACACCAUGGACAACAUUUUCUACGACGCGCAGCGCCAGGGCCGCAUCUCCUUCUACAUGACGUCGUACGGCGAGGAAGCCAUCUCGUUCGGCAGUGCGUCGGCGCUGCGGCUCAGUGACAUGGUCUUCGCGCAGUACCGUGAGCCCGGAGUGCUCAUGUGGCGCGGCUUCACGCUGCAGAACUUCGCCGACCAGUGCUUCAGCAACAAGGACGGACACGGCAAGGGCCGGCAGAUGCCCGUGCACUACGGCUCCAAGAACCUCAACCACCAGACCAUCUCGUCCCCCUUGGCCACGCAGCUGCCCCAGGCUGCGGGUGCUGCGUACGCGUUCAAGUUGGCCAAAGAGGACCGUAUCUCCGUCUGCUACUUCGGUGAGGGCGCCGCUAGCGAGGGCGACUUCCACGCUGCAUUGAAUUUUGCGGCUACGAAGGACUGCCCCAUUCUCUUCUUCGUGCGCAACAACGGCUUUGCCAUCAGUACCCCCACGGCUGAGCAGUUCCGGGGAGACGGCAUCGCGUCGCGAGGCAGUGGAUACGGCAUUCCCAUCAUGCGCGUGGAUGGCAAUGACUUCCUCGCUGUCCACGAGGCCACUCGUCGUGCGCGUGAGUUCAUUCUGAGGGAGAAUCGACCCGUGCUGAUUGAGGCCAUGUCCUAUCGCCAAGGCCACCACUCGACGUCGGACGACUCCACCCAGUACCGUCCGGUGGCGGAGAUCAAGCACUGGAAGGAGACCUGCGACCCGAUUGAGCGCACCAAGCGCUAUCUGCUGAAACGCGGAUGGCUGAGUGAGGAGCAGGACCGUCACAUGCAAGACAACGAGCGGACAAACGUGCUUGCUGCGCUGCAGCAGGCCGAAACCAAGGAGCGGCCAUCGCUCGAGACGAUGUUCGAAGACGUUUACGAUGUCAAGACGCCGCACCUGCUGGAGCAAGAGCGCGAGAUGCUGGAGCACGUGGCAAAGUACCCUGACUACUACACCGAAGCACACUAG